GGUGGACAUCGCUUUCCGCGCGCACACGUGACCACAGAAUGCGCUUAGUGGCAUUUAAACAUCAUCCAUUGCGCUUUCCGACACCAAAAUAGACAAGGAAUCAAACGGCGAACGUCUCCAUGUCGAGUGGACCCUGUCUUCCCUCUUUAACGCCGAAUGACUCUCUCCGACGUUACCUUCGGACUUGAUUUUUUGGGCGCCCCUUAUUUUUGCCACCUGUAGCUAAGUGUGGAUAUUUUUAAGAAACACAUUGCGGGAUUAUUGCGCAUCCGUGCGUAAAGGAGCGAGGGGGGGAAGCUAAAUCCCAUUUAAGGGCGCGUAAGCCUCCUGGAGAAGAAGCGGCAUGCAGGAUAGAAAGGAAUGUGCACUCGCAUAGGAGAGAGGUGAUCCACGCAGAUCGCCAUUUCUCUCUUGUUUGUCAUAUUUCUGUGGAGGAACAGGAGGAGGAGGAGGAGGAGAGCGCGCGUCGGUGAGCAGCCAUGGGCAAAGAGGAGUGUAAAACUAUGCUGGAUGCCCUGAAUAAAGUGACGGCGUGCUACAGACACCUGGUCGUGGCUCUGGGCAGCACGUCGGACUCGCAAAACUUGCGCGAGGAGCUGAAGCGGACCCGCAAAAAGGCGCAGGAGCUGGCCGUGGCCAACCGGACUAAGCUGACUUCUCUUCUUAAAGACAAGAGCAUCAGCAAGGAGGACCGCGCCGAGUACGAGCGGCUAUGGGUGCUCUUCUCCAGCAGCAUGGAUCUACUGGAGGUGGACAUGAAGCGCUCCCUGGAGAUAGGUCAGGACUUCCCGCUCAAGGUGCCCACCAGGCACCUGAUCCAGACGGGCAUGACGGGCAGCACCAGCACAGUGGCGGCACGCGCCAUGAGCGUGCAGAACAUGAAGUACGAAGCGGACAGCAACAUCGACACGGCCGACUUGCGGGACUUGCAGGCUGAGAUCGGCCAGGUGAGCCAGAUGAUGGAGGAGAUGGAGAUGAAGGUGCAGGUGGCGCCGUGGGCCGUGGAAGCCAAGCAGGAGGCGGGCGCCGAGCUGAAGUCCAACAUGAGUGUGGGAAAUUCCUCUGUGGGUGUCAUCUCCAUCUGCGAGGAGGAACCCAAGGAUGAGGAGGGGGGAGGUGGCGGCGACACGGGCUUCGCGUCCAUCUGCGCUGUGUUCGUUUUCUUUGUCAUCGUGACCGUGGCGGUGGUGCUUGGCUAUCUGGUCAUCAACAUGUCCUGAAGAACAGCCCGUCCCUGGAGGGGGGCGUCAGCCCUUUGGUGCAGUGGUGCACAGUGGGGCACUUAACUACAGUACAGUAAGAGCAUCUCUUACUGUCGUGAUGUUCAAAUUAUCUUCCAAAUUGCAGACAAAACCAUAAUUUGUGAUUCAUCUUGCACAAUCAGGAAUGUUGGAGAUGAUAUAGGGCCACAAUGAAAAUAAAAUCUUUUACGAUAUUCCCAUAGUAAUUGUAUUGUAAUCUCUUGAUUACAACUCUAUUUGUGGUUGUUGUUUUUUUCUUCCCAAUGUGGCCGCUAUUCGCCUUUAAAGCAUUGCCAACAGAAUUGUGCAGAUAUAUUUGCCUCAUCACAGCUACUUUUCGCUAAAUAGAAAUUAUGGGGCACAAUUAUUUUUCCCCAUUAGGUCAAUAUAAAUAAAUUCGUGUCCGAGAUAUCCUUGAGACAAAAAGACACACUGUGGAAAUCAUUCCCCAUAUAGUCGAAUAAGGAAUUCUUAAUGGACAAUUUUGCUAUUGGAUCAUUAUUGUGUGUUAAAUAUACACGACGGGCCAUCUGCUGGACCUUGUAGGGCAUUGCUCCUUUUUGCUCCUGAUCAUCACUGGAGGGAAGAGAGUGCAUCCAAAAAGCAGCGCUUUUUUGGGGUCUUGCAAAAAAAAACUGGAUUUGUAACAGACAGUAAGUUAUUUGAAUUGUCAAUGUAUUUGCACUAGAUAAAAAAAAAAAAAAGAAAAAAAAAAAAAGAAA